UGCGCUGCUCUCUUUCCCUUGUACAUAACCCUCUCCCAUAUAUAAAGCUUGUUCUUGUCACCAAACCCCAGUCCCGUCGAAGGCAGCGCUGACUGCCGAAACGUCGACCCCUAUCCCUAUAUGUGUUAAUAAACUCCCCUUUGUGUUUUCCUGUAAGCUCUUUGUCGUCUUCUGAUUUUUCCUGCUUAUUUCAUUCUCGUGGUCAACCGCCCUCCUAAGCUUCUAAUCUAUUUCUACGAUGACCACCGACAGAGGAGGACCGAAGAUGCCCAUCAGGAAGUACCCUUUUUAUGCUCCUGUUAUAGCUGUACUUGGUGACUCACAAACUAAAUAUCUCCGUUUCCACUUCGACCCCAGAUCCCGUACUGCCCCGACAAUGUUCGUGUCCAAGAGCGGAGGCCGAAUCGCAGACUUCAAAGAAGAGGUGGACCAGCUGCCCGCAAGUGUUCGUGUCGUGGUGUUGCACUGUGGGACGAAUGACAUGCCGGACACCGAUCCCGACAUGGCCAUCCGUCGCUAUGUGCAACUCAUCGACCACAUUCGCUCUCGGGGAAACAUCGAACUUGUGUGCAAUCCCCGGGCAUUUGCGUUCAACCAACGACUGAUGACCCUGUGCCGAGGUGCCCGUGACCUGUAUUUCCUGGACCAUGGUUUCCACCGACAGCCCCCAACCAGAGUCCUUGCAGCUGACGGCCUCCACCCCAGUUUCGAAGGAGUCACCCAGAUCGCCCACCGACUGCGGUCCCUGGUACCCCGGCUGCUCCGUCGCCUACCCACACGUACAGCAAGCACUGGAACGCCGGACCCCGUAUGGCCGACACUCCAGGAGGCUGCAGCAUGGACACAAAGAAGCACACGUGCCGAGAAAUCGUCACGAGCCAAGCAGCAGGAUUGACUAGCCGGUGAGUCAGUACCAAUUCACUCUCCACAAAUUGUCAGCAGUAGCACUGAGGCGUUCUUUAAACUCAGAAAAAUCGCGGAUAAAGUUGCACGCUACACCUCCCAUCGUGAUACUUUGGCUACUUAUCAUGAAAACGACAGGAUUCCGCGU